AUGAAAAGUAGAAUAAAGUAUUUCUUAAUAUUUUUAAUAAUAAGUUUAGCUAUACAAAAUGUUUUUGCAGAAACAAAUUUAAACAAUAUCAAUAAUAUAGAGAAUCUUAAAACCAAUAAAAUAAAUAAAGAUAUAAAUGGUAAUAUAGAAGAACCUAAAAUACAACAACAGAAACAGCAACAACUAAUCAUAAGCAACUCUGGUGCUGGUAGUAAUGAUAAUCAAAUAUCUGAAGAGCUAUUAAUCGAGGUGGAUGAAUACCAAAGCAAUAGUAAAAUAAAAAAAGAAACCAAAUUACUAAACAGCAAAAGAAAUAGUGAAUUAGAAUCAAACAGAGCCAAUAAUAACCAACUUAGCGAUAAAACAAAUCAACAAAAAACCUUAGCUUUUGAUAUUUUAUAUUUUGAAGUUGGGAUUUUAGUUGUAUUUGUAUUCUCAAUUUAUUUUAUAAACCAAAGAAAAAAGAAAAUAUUAAAUGAAAAUAAUGAAAAGUUAUCAAAAUAUUUAAAUAAAGUUUAGACAUAAAAAAAAACUUCAGAUAUUAUUAUAGUUUUAUUUAAUAC